GGGGCUAGAGGGCGCUAGCGAACGUCUGAAAUAACCACUCAGUUGGCUCGGGGUUCAAACGUGUCGCCCCAACCAGCGAGUUGCGCAGCGCUGGAUCAAGUGCUCAGUUGGUGUGGACGCUUGGCUCUAUCCAUGAGCGUUCAGUGGCGGGUGAGUCGAAGGCUCGUCCGGUGUCGAUCCAUGAAUCUAGAGGCCGUGCUCGUGGCAGGACGACUUCUUUUGGUCGUGCCCCUGAAAUAGGAGCGCGCUGACAACGGAUUUCGCCUCAGCUGCAUCUACGAGGCUCUGAACAUGGCCUGACGUGACGAGGAAGUCGAUUGCAGACACGGGUGACAAAACAGACGCACCAACUGUCGCCGAAGCACUGGCCCCAGGCGCCUUGACGGCUUCACCGUCAUGCUGAGGUGCUGUCGGGCGAAGCUGAUAUUAUGGCUGUCGCGGCUGCUGUUCGUUGCCGCUCAUCUAUGGUCAGCUGAAGCUUGUCCCCAGCGCUGCAACUGCCUCGAACUACAGGUGCUGUGCCAAGAGGCCGGCUACAGGGAGCUGCCAGCGCCCGUUCCCCGCGCAGCCGUGGCGCUGCUGCUGACCAGCAACCAGCUCGAGCGGCUGGCCACCGACAGCUUCCGCGGCCUGGUGCGGCUGCGCAAGCUCAUCCUGGACAACAACCGCAUACAGGCGCUGGCGCCGUUCACUUUCCGCGGGCUCGCCGGACUCGACGAGCUCAGCCUGCAGAACAACCCGCUCACAGUGCUCUCGCAGCAGUCGCUGUCCGGCCUGAGCCGGGUGCGAAUGCUGCAGCUGGGCUUCAACCGCAUCGCUCGCGUGGAGCCGAUCGCGUUCGCCGGAAGCAGCGACAUCGGCAGCAUCUCGCUCGAGGGCAACCCGCUCGCGCUGCUUCGCUCGCGCGCCUUCGCCAACCUCAGCCGGGUCGGCUCACUCAGGCUGCCCCGGAGUCUUGCCGCCAUGGAGCCGGACGCCUUUGCGGGUCUGCGCAACGUGAGCCUGGUGUCCCUGGAGGCCCCGCGGCUGCAGCGCCUGCCUCAGUUCGCCUUCCGGGGUCUGGAGCACGCCGGCGAGCUGCUCAUCCGGGACGCCGAGAUCGGCCUCAUCGACUCCGGCGCCUUCGCCGGCCUCAGCCACGCACGCCGGGUCACGCUCGAAGGCUGCACCGUGGAGGCGGUGCGGGCGGCCGCGUUCGCCGGCAUGCGAGCCGUCGGCCAGCUCAGGCUAAGCGGAAACCGCCUCGGCAGCGUGCUGCCCGGUGCCCUGGACGCGCUCGACCAGGCGUCCGUGGGUCACGUGCUGCUCUCGGGCAACUGGCUGCCCUGCGACUGCCGCCUCCGCUGGGCUCCCGAGUCGCUGAGGCGGCGCGGCUUCUGCUCGUCGCCCGCGCACCUGCUCAACGCGUCGGCCGCCCAGGUGUCGCUGGACACGCUGCCGCGCUGCCUGCCCGAGCACUUCGUGCCGCACUCGAGGCCCGAAGCCCCUCCGCUGUCGGGCCGGCAGCAGACGAGCGGCGCCGCGACGCGACUCCGACCCGGUUCGCGAAGUAGUGCGCACCUGACCGCGCUGGUCCCGCUGCUGCUCGUCGCCGGCUCCCGGGUGCAGCGCCUCGUCGCCACAACGUCGUGCCUCCCGCAGUGCAAUCUCUGACAACCUGCGCCAUAAUUUGGCCGUGCGCGCAAGGUGCGCACCCCACCUACCGGCAUCCGUCGCGUCCCCCGCGGGCGCUUCUGCAGUGCUGGUUGCAGUUGUGCCCCUAUACGCAGAGCGAGUGGUCACCGCAAGGAACUCCUCGCACAGAUACGGCAAUUUCUGAAGUGCAUGGCUGGCCCAAAGAGACUUGUGCGCCACCUUCGAUAUCUUAUUUUUGUUCAUGUUUCAUAUAAGCGCUCAGCCAUGGUAUAUACAUGUAGACCCGGCACGCCAGCAUCCCGUUUUACUACUUUGAUUUUCGUUUUUCUUUAAUGACGCUUCAAUAUAGUAUUGAGUAUGUUUACAACUUUUCUCAUGACGCUUCAAUAUAAUCUUGAGUGUGGCAAUUUGAAACUUGUCCCGGGGUUAUUAACGAUUCUAAUCCAGUUGUUUUCCUUACAGCACUUCGUCAGAGCGGAACUCUCCCUCAUCAUCAGAGAUUCGGCUAGCGCUUAAGAGGAAGCUUUAGCUCGGGCCCAACUCCGACGCGGCCUAUUCAAAUACAUGUAAAAACGCAAAAACGUUUUCCUGAGAUAACCCCUGAAACGAUUUUAAUGAAAUUUGUUGCAUUUGAGAGAGAAAGUUAAAUUCUAGUGACUGUUGGAAGCGGAAUUUUGAUUUAGGGCUUGAAUUUUGUUAAAAGGAUUUUCAAAAAUUCAGACGUAUGAAAAAAAUACAAGCACGAAGUUUACAAACUAAUAGCUCUGCAUCAAGAACAGAUAUCGUGGUUCUGUAAGUGGCAUCCAUUAGACCAUUCAAGGCGGACAAAUUUGAUAUGUCAGUUUACAUCUUACGUGAAUUUGUUACGUUGUUUACGAGGGUUCUGCAAAAGUUGUAAUUACACAUUACUCCAUUUUUUGAGGUUCAUGUGUAACAUAUCAAUUUUGUCCGCUUUAAAUGUGCUAUCAGGUACAAUUCACAGAAUUGCGAUAUCAUUUUUUCAUGCUGAGUUACGGAGUUGUAAACUUGAUAGUUUCGUUUUCCGAAAAUUUGCGUUUUUUGCCAAAAUUUUAUAAAACAUUGUCGACCUAAAUCGAAAAUUAGAAACCAACAGUCACUAGAUUUUCAGUUUUUCUUUUAAAUGCAGCAAACCCCGUCAAAUUUGGAGCAGUGGUUGCCGAGAAAAACGAAUUCUCCUUUUACAUGUAUUUAGAUAGGAGCACCCGAGCUAAAGCUUCCUCUUAAGAGGAAGCUUUAGCUCGGGCCCAACUCCGACGCGGCCUAUUGAAAUACAUGUAAAACGCAAAAAACGUUUUUCUGAGAUAACCACUGUGUCGAUUUUAAUGAAAUUUGUUGCAUUUAAGAGAGAAAGUUAAAUUCUAGUGACUGUUUGAAGCAGAAUUUCGAUCUAGGUCCUGAAUUUUGUUAAAAAGAUUUUCAGAAAUCCGGAAGUUCAAAAGCUAUAGAAGCACUAAGUUUACAGACUAAUAGCUCUGCAUCAAGAACAGAUAUCGCGGUUUUGUGAACGGCAUCCAUUAGACCAUUGAAAGCGGACAAAUUCCAUGUGUCAUUUUAUAUAUUACGUGAAUUUAUUACGUUGUGUACAAGGGUUCUGCAAAAGCUGUAUUGCCAUAUUACUAAAUUUGAGAUUCAUGUGUAACAUAUUAAUUUUGUCCGCUUUAGAUGUACUAUUAGAUGCAAUUCACAGAAUUGUGUUAUAAUUUUUCGUUACAGAGUUGUAAACUUAAUAUCUCCGGUUCUCUUUUUUUUUUUUUUUCAUUUGCGAUUUUAGCCCAUCUUUAAUAAAAAAUUGACGACCUAAAUCAAAAGUUCGAAACGAACCCACACUAGAUUUAAAGUUUUCUUUUAAAUGCAACAAACCUCGUCAAAUUUGCUGCAGUGGUAGAGGAAGCUUUAGCUCGGGUGCUCCUAUGUAAAUACAUGUAAAAGGAGAAUUCGUUUUUCUCGGCAACCACUGCGCCGAAUUUGACGAGGUUUGUCGCACUUAUAAGAAAAACUUAAAAUCUAGUGACCGUGAGUUUCGAAUUUUUUAUUUAAAUCGUCAAUUUUUUAUUAAACAUCGGCAAAAAUCGAAAAUUUUCAAGAAACGAAACUGUCAAGUUUAUAACUGUAACUCAGUAACGAAAAACGAUAAUACAAUUCUGUGAAUUGCAUCUAAUAGUACAUCUAAAGCGGACAAAAUUGAUCUGUUACACAUGAAUCUAUAAAAUGUUAUUAAUAUGGAAAUAGAGCUUUUGCAGAACCCUUGUAAACAACGUCAGAAAUUCACGUAAGGUAUAACAUGAUACAUUGAAUUUGUCCGCUUUGAAUGAUCUAAUGGAUGCCGUUUACAGCGCCGCGAUAUCUGUUCUUGAUGCAGAGAUAUCAGUUUGUAAACUUUGUGCUUCUAUUUUUUUUUUUCAAACCUUCGAAUUUUCGAAAAUCUGUUUAACAAAAUUCAGGACCUAUAUCGAAAUUCCGCUUCCAACCGUUACUACAAUUUAAGUUUCUCUCUCAAAUGCAACAAAUUUUAUUAACAUCAGCCCAGGGGUUAUCUUAGAAAAAUGUUUUUGCGUUUUACAUGUAUUUGAAUAACCUGCGUCGGAGUUGGGCCCGAGCUGAAGCUUCCGCUUAACUGUGGAUGACAAAGAAAUAGAAUCGAGCGAAAUGAAUCAUCACACUAUGCCGGCCUUAGUGCUAACAAUACGUUCACGUGCUCUUUUAUCUUCUAGCGUUCAUGGCCUUCAGAAAUUAUACCUGUUUUGCCAUAUACGAAGGCGAAUCAGGAAUUCUCUGUCCCUAUAUAUGUUUUAUUAGCCGAAAUAAAGUAGAUACAGGUAAUUACAAAUAUACGUACUAUUCUACGUACCUUACACAUAGAUUUUUCCACAUAGUCCACACACCGGUUCGGACAUUUGUCUCGUGGCUUAGUAGACCAUAAAUAUGAUCACUUAGCACAAGCAAGGAAGUACAAAAGGGAACAAGGGGAGCGCCACUAAGCAAUAUGAACCGACUAGCCCACCAACAUGUACUUCUGGAUGUGUGCUAUCGCAGCACUAAAUGCGAGAUGCCCCUGUCGUCAGUCAGAGACACACGCGGCCUCCCCGAAAGCUCAUUGUCAUGCAAGUCUUCACGGCCCUUUGCGAAGUCACAACACCACCACGUCACACUUCUCAAAGCGCGACACAUUUCCCUAUACGCGGGCUGCAUUUCCCUGUGGAUUUCGAUGUGCGUGCGUCCCUUGCUCCAUAGAGAACCAAUCACACUCUGUUGCUCGUACACUGUGGUACAUUGAUUCUAGUACCCUGUAGCCAAGGGCGUGUGAAGCACAACCGCCAUCUUAGACAACUGACAGUAGCGCUGUACCGCGGAGCUACCGGCAGAUAAUGCAGGGCCGGUCCAAGAAAGGUCCGCCGCUGGGAAUGGAUAUGUUGACUUUGCAUUUACAGCCGUAAGUUCGUAAGCCGUAUGUACGGGCAAAGACUUCGUGAUUCGCCCUCGUAUUACAGACAGGGAAAGUAGUUGUUGCGUUUUCUGACCGCUGCUUUUUUCCCCCUCUUUUCCGUUCUUUUUUUUUUAAUUCUUUUUAAUUCCCCCCUAGAUGUUUUAGAGUUUUUAUAGCUUUCCUUUGUCAAAGUACCCGAAUUGCUGGAAGCAUGCUCGUGGCUUGGAAACUGAACUAAUCACGCUGCUUCUAAAGCAAUGCGUUUCAUGCGGCUCCGUGGCGAAAAUUUUUGCUCAACCGCUCAAGUGUAGAACGAUUUUGCGUUGCUCAGUGCUAAGUCAUUUCGCCGACCUUUGUACACCUGCUCGUGCACAUUUUACAGGAAACAUUUUCCCAAGAACCAAUGUGACACUCCAGUAGUGACAGUAAGGCAGGAAGUUGGGCUAGUUGGAAUGGACGCACAUAAUUUAAAACAGUGCGGAAGAUUACAACACCAAAAGGUGGACACAGGAUGAGCGCUGUCAAACAACUAAAAUUUAUCAGGAACAACGCAACGCAAAAGCGAAAAACGCCACCAGCGCAUGAAGAUUACCAAGUAACGCCAUGGAAUAAAUUUCGGCAAGCCUCCUCUUUCUCUUGUCGCCGUCUAUCGCGCUUACUUGGAGUGUGCAGUGAUGCGUUCUUGUUUCUGACACGUUCUUGCCUCAUGCAGUCAUGAUGGAAGCCUUCAGGCCAUUCCGCAUGUCUCACUAGUAAGCGUGCGCACCUUUAUUGCCCCCAACCCUGCGUGUACUAUUCUUCACAAACUCGGAGGGCGUGUAGGUUGUAAUGCGCAGGAGGUCAGCCCCAGCAAGGUCAACGCAGUGCAAGAGGCGUCACUUGGACUUUGUCAUCCGAUCGUCCGGGUGAUGUGCACUCUGCAGCUGGCCCGGACCGGCGACGAAGUACUCUUUUUGUUUCCGCGCGGUUCAAGAAUAUAAAUGAUGUUGACGUUG